AUGUACCACCUCCGCCGAAUCACCAUCGCCGUCGCCGUGCUUGCUGUCGUCGUCGUCAUUGUCACCGUACUACCUCGGGCCCUCAAUCCCGUUCCACCAAACAAGGAAAGGCAGGAGGCUGACCGACAAUGGAUCAACACAUCUCCAUACUGGCUUGAUCGUCAGGCCUGUCGUUGGUUUAGCCUCUGUGGUCUGCUGCACCUCAAGAAAGAUCCUCCAGCGAAACCGAAAAAUAAAGAUGAUGGUCAUCGACAUGAGUUAAGGCGUCUCCUGGGAGAGGAAGGGGUUGCCAUAUUAAGAGAGGAGAGUGACAAUAAGAAAAAAGGGCAGCUGAAGGGGAUACCAGACUAUGUGCUGAACUACGCACCGCUAGUUCACCUCUAUUCUCAGGAAUUCUUCUGGCCCUCCGACAUUGCUGACCACAUCAAACAUGUGGUACCGGACCUAGACGAAGACAAAUGGACACUUAACGAGUCACAGCCCCUCACUUUAGCCAACUUGAACGAGUUUAGCUCCGAGCUAGGAUUCCAGCACCUUAACAGUAAGGAUGAUGUAGAGUCACGCCCGCGUUGGCUUCACAGUAAGAUGAAUAGGCCGAUCGCUUUUAACGACGAUGAUGACAAUAAAGAGCACGACGACGAUACUGAGCCUGGUAAACAGCUUAGCGACGAUACGACAUGGUUCGAUGUAGAUCGCGAUCAUCCUUUACACCGAAUUUCAGACCCACGGAAGCUUCCUGCUGGCAGACCACAGUCGCAACGGCUGAAAAGGCGGUCUCAAUUCUUUCAUUCUAGCGAACAGCAGAGACUCAUGUCCCAAGAAGCACAGGACGAGCAGAACGCACAGAAUAAACCUGACGAGUCGGGAUAUUCUCGUGCGCCUGCUACUCUCGUUUUGGUAGACAAAGGAUCCGGUAUCGUGGACGCCUUCUGGUUUUUCUUUUACGCCUAUAACCUCGGUCAGACGGUUCUAGGUACACGAUACGGGAACCAUGUUGGCGAUUGGGAACAUUGCAUGAUGCGCUUUGAGUCCGGUGUUCCCCGCGCGGUUUUCUUUAGCGAGCACGAAGGCGGUCAAGCUUACGCCUGGCACGCUGUUGAAAAACGAGGAAACGAGACUGAGAUACAAAGACCAGUCAUAUAUAGCGCCGUUGGUUCGCAUGCUAUGUAUGCCACUCCUGGAAACCAUCCAUACGUUUUACCCUUCGGGAUUCUUAAGGAUGUAACGGACAAAGGCCCACUAUGGGAUCCUUCUAAGAAUCUCAGAGGUUAUUGGUAUGAUUAUACCACUACCAAAGAUAACGACGGACUAGAACCGGUGAAGGAAAACGCUGAUGAGCCGACGAGUUGGUUCCAUUAUAAAGGAACUUGGGGUGACAAGUUAUACGGUCUCGAUGAUAGACGACAGUGGAGAUUAUUCGGCCAGUAUCACUACGUGACGGGUCCCCAAGGGCCUAAAUUCAAGAAUCUCGGUAGGGAGAAAGUAUGCCAAACAUGGAGGUGCCGGAUUAUACAUAGCAUCGCAGAAGGAAAGAAGGGAAGUUGGCAUUCAUGA